AUGCAGUCUACUCUCCUGUUGCUCACCGCCGCUGGUGCUGCUGUGGCCCAGCUGGCCACCACUUCCGAGCCCUCGCUCUCUCAGAUCGAGCAAGCCGCUGCAACCGUGGUCCCAUCGUCUCCCGUUUCUGACGUGGAGGGCCUUGCUUUCAAGCGUUUCUAUCAGGUCUGGAUGGAGAAUGUCGACUACGACACCUCUGCCGAUGAUCCCAACCAACAGUGGAUGGCCUCUCAGGGUAUUCUGCUGACCAACUACUGGGCUGUCGCUCAUCCCUCCGAGCCAAACUACGCCUCUGCUGCCGCUGGAGACCAGUUUGCCAUGGACAACGAUGACUGGCAUCAGAUUCCCGCCAACAUCUCCACUGUUGCUGAUCUCUUAGAUACCAAGGGCAUCUCGUGGGGUGAAUACCAGCAAGAUAUCCCCUAUGCUGGCUUCCAGGGCUACAACUAUUCCAACCAGGAAACUCAUGCCAACGACUACGUGCGCAAACACAACCCGCUCAUUCUAUAUGACAAUGUUGCCUCCAAUGACUCUCGCAGCACCCGUAUCAAGAACUUUACGGAUUUGUACAACGACAUUAAUGCCGACACCCUUCCUCAGUGGGCUUUCAUUACUCCUAACAUGACGAAUGAUGCCCAUGACACCAACGUAACAUUUGGCUCCACCUUUGAGCGCGCCUUCAUUCAGAACCUCACCACUUACCCUGACUUCUGGAACGAGACUCUCAUUCUCCUCACCUGGGAUGAGUCUGGUAACUACUCCGUGCACAACCGCGUGUACUCCAUACUUCUUGGUGGUGUUAUCCCUGACAACCUUAUCGGCACUACUGACGAUACAUUCUACACCCACUAUUCGAGCUUGGCUACCGUCGAAGCUAACUGGGGUCUUCCUUCCUUGGGUCGUUGGGACUGUGGUGCCAACAUCUUCCAGAUUGUGGCCAACAAGACCGGAUACACUAACUAUGAUGUUGACACCACCAACCUGUGGUUGAACUCCACCUUCAUCGGUCCUCUCUCUACAAACACUUACUCUAACUACUCCUCCAACUGGGCUGUCCCUGCUACCGGUAACGAGACCUGCUCUGCCGGUUACGGUAUCCUGGACACUGUCAAGUCUACCUGGGGCGGUCUGACUCCCACUUACAACUACACCAGCCCAUUCCCCUUCGACACCGCUAGCAAGAAGGAUGUCGGUGUGUCCUUCUCUCGUAACGGAACUACUUGGAUCUCGGGUGUGAACAACACCGUCUUGACCACUACCACCACCUCUAACUCCACCUCCACCACCGCCUCUUCAUCCUCUACUCCCUCAAGUGGUGCUUCAUCUUUGGUUAUCGCCCCUGGAAUCGUCACCCUUGCCGUCAGCGCUUUGUUGGCUUUUGCCGCUGCUUUGUAA